GGGAUGAAGGUGCUUAUAGGAAUUUCUUCUGUCUGAUGCUUGGUGCUACAGCUUUACCCAGAAUACAGUUAUGGCUGCUGCUGAUGUGUUUCCAUUUAGUUCACCCAAUAAAUGAAUGGCCUCUUUUCAGUUGGCCAUCAGGACCACAAAGUCAACAGCAGAAAACAAUGACCAACAAAGCAGAACUAAUGGACAUGAAGGAAUUUCUUGAAGUAAAUGAUGAUUUGAAGUUUGCCGUCAUUGAAGAGGAGGAAUCUUCAUUAACAGCAUAUUAGGGGAUGUUGUGCUCCAUGGUGUGAAGGCAACAAGCAUGAAGCAUUUAAUGGAAGAUUUCCAGUGGAAGCUGAAACUUGAUGGCAAUAGUUGCCAUGGGUCCUUUAAAGGAGAAAGACAGGGUAAUCGUUUGGUGGUAUUAUUCCCGUAUGGCAAAUACAGAGUUGAGUCAUGAGUUUGGGGUAGAGAUGAGAUUCAACCAGUCUUCGUGAUUUACAGCUCCAUUGCACUGCAUCUGCUCUCUAAGGGUGAAAAAUAGCUCCCAGCAAAGAAGAAUGAAAAAUAAAUGGGAGAAUUUGUGGUUUUUAAACACUCACUGAACACAACCACAGUGCAAACAGGCUGCUGAUUUGGAUGGCUGUUCCAAUAAGAACUUCUGUUGCUGCCCUCUUUCUCAUCUAACACAGAGAUUAUGCCAUUGAAUAGGACAUCAAUGGACCCUUGGAAUUUUGGACAAUAGGUAUUCUAAAGUUUUGUAUCCAGCUGUGGAAAAAGAGCUCCCCCCAUUUAGCUUCAGGAAUGUCCACAGCCCAUGUUUCCAUUGCAGAAGGUCCCAGGUUCAAUCUCCAGUGGUUGUUAUGUGCUGUCAAGUCACCUCUGACAUCAUGAUGACCCUAUGAAUGAAUGAUUUUCAAAAUGUCUUGUCAUCACCUGCUGUGCAACAGUUAAAGGCUUUUGAGGAGCACACCAGGGAAAGACUGCUUUCUCUGCCUUGACGUCUUGGAGAACUUUGGCCAGUUGUAAUUCAUGAAUCGGAUUAAAUGGACUCAUGGCUGCACUCAGUGUAGGGCCGCUUCGUCUGUUUUGCUGGACUAAGCAGCUGCCAGAACUGAUAUCUUAAAUGCUCUGUGUUCUACAGAGAUUCCUUCUGCCAACAGAACAUACACAUCUUGAACAGGUUGCAAGAGACAAGGGAGCCUAUUUUGGCUUUGGAAAUUGUGUGAGCUGAUAUGGGACACCCAGACAAUGCCUCGUCUGGGAGCGUACAAAGCCAGCAUUUCCUUUCUACAAAUGUUACUGCAGUAGUGGAAAAAUGUAUGAGCUCCAUGCAAGCUGGUACCCAGAUGAUCAAACUCCGGGGCAGCUCCAAAGGUCUGGUUCGUUUCUAUUACCUGGACGAACACAAAUCGUGCAUUCGGUGGAGACCCUCUCGAAAAAACGAAAAGGCCAAAAUCUCCAUAGAUUCCAUCCAGGAGGUGUGCGAGGGAAAACAGUCAGAAAUCUUCCAGCGCUAUGCAGACGGCAGCUUUGACCCCAACUGUUGCUUCAGCAUCUACUACGGCGAUCACAUGGAGUCUCUGGACCUGGUGUCAUCCAGUGGAGAAGAAGCUCGGACCUGGAUCACAGGGCUUAAGUACUUGAUGGCCGGGAUUAGCGAUGAAGACAGCCUGUCGAAGCGGCAGAGAACCAGAGACCAGUGGUUGAAACAAACCUUUGACGAAGCGGAUAAGAAUGGCGACGGCAGCCUGAGCAUUAACGAAGUGCUCCAGCUGAUGCACAAACUCAACGUCAACCUACCGCGGCAGAAAGUCAAGCAGAUGUUCAAGGAGGCAGACACGGAUGAUAACCAAGGGACCCUGGACUUUGAGGAGUUCUGCGCCUUCUACAAGAUGAUGUCAACGAGGCGUGACUUGUAUCUGCUCAUGUUGUCCUACAGCAACCACAAGGACUACUUGGAUGUCGAUGACUUGCGACGCUUCCUGGACACGGAACAAAAGAUGACUAAUGUGACCAAGGAUCAUUGCUUGGAAAUUAUCAAUCAAUUUGAACCAUGUCCAGAGAAUAAGAAGCAAGGAGCUCUUGGGAUUGACGGGUUCACCAAUUACAUGCGCAGCCCGGCUGGUGACAUAUUCAACCCAGAACACUACCACGUCAACCAAGACAUGACUCAACCUCUGAGUCACUAUUUCAUCACCUCUUCGCAUAACACCUACCUCAUGGGGGAUCAGCUGAUGUCUCAAUCCAGAGUUGACAUGUAUGCUUGGGUUCUGCAGUCUGGAUGCCGUUGUGUAGAAGUUGACUGUUGGGAUGGUCCAGAUGGAGAACCAAUUGUCCACCAUGGCUAUACUCUGACCUCCAAGAUCCUUUUCAAAGAUGUGAUUGAAACCAUUAACAAGUAUGCCUUCAUCAAAAGCGAAUAUCCGGUCAUUUUGUCCAUUGAGAACCACUGCAGCGUCACCCAGCAGAAAAAGAUGGCCCAAUACCUGACGGAAAUCUUGGGAGACAAGCUGGACCUGUCUUCGGUGAGCAGUGAAGACCUCACAAGGCUGCCUUCCCCGGAGAAUCUCAAAGGCAAAAUAUUGGUCAAGGGAAAGAAACUUCCGGCCAACAUCAGUGAGGAUGUGGAAGAAGGAGAAGUUUCUGAUGAGGACAGUGCAGACGAAAUUGAGGACGACUGCAAACUAAUGAAUGGAGAUGCCUCUUCCAACCGGAAGCGGGUGGAGAACAUAGCAAAGAAGAAGCUGGACACCUUGAUCAAGGAAUCCAAGAUCCGUGACUGCGAAGACCCAAAUAAUUUUACAGUUACCACCCUUUCGUCUGGGAAACUUGGCCAGAAGCAAGAUCUCAAGAAGAGCAAGCAUGAGGAGGAUGUGGAAUCUGGGGAAGAUGCUGUGAUCAACAAGCGGCCCAACCGAUCGCUGAUGGGAAGCUUUUCCAAGCGAAAGAAAAAAGGAAGCAAGCUUAAAAGGGCAUCCAGUCUGGAAGAGGGUGAGGAUGACCUUGCCUCUCAGGGGAACCUAGCCCGAGGCUCAGUACAUUACAGCAAAACAAAUCGGCAGAAGAAAACCAUGAAAUUAUCCCGGGCGCUGUCUGACCUUGUCAAAUACACCAAAUCUGUUGGGACCCACGAUGUGGAAUCUGAAAUCUCUUCCAGUUGGCAAGUUUCAUCCUUCAGCGAAACGAAAGCCCAUCAAAUCCUCCAGCAAAAACCAGUCCAGUACCUGCGCUUCAACCAACACCAGCUAUCGCGGAUCUAUCCUUCCUCCUAUCGUGUGGAUUCCAGCAAUUACAACCCUCAGCCCUUCUGGAACGCUGGCUGCCAGCUGGUCGCCCUCAACUACCAGUCGGAGGGGCGGAUGCUUCAGCUGAACCGCGCCAAGUUCAGCGCCAACGGCAACUGCGGCUACGUCCUCAAACCCAAGUGCAUGUGUCAAGGGAUCUUCAACCCCAACUCAGAAGAUCCAUUGCUCGGCCAGAUGAAGAAGCAGCUGGUGUUAAGAAUAAUCAGCGGGCAGCAGCUUCCAAAACCUCGGGAUUCCAUGCUUGGGGACAGAGGCGAGAUUAUAGAUCCAUUUGUGGAGGUGGAGAUAAUUGGAUUGCCUGUAGACUGUUGCAAAGAACAGACAAGAGUCGUGGACGACAAUGGUUUCAAUCCAAUGUGGGAAGAAACCCUUGUGUUCUCCAUCUGCAUGCCUGAGAUUGCAUUAGUUCGGUUCCUGGUGUGGGAUCAUGACCCCAUUGGGCGGGAUUUCAUCGGGCAGAGGACAAUAGCAUUUGCAAGCAUGAUGCCAGGCUAUCGGCACGUCUACCUGGAAGGCAUGGAGGAGGCGUCCGUCUUUGUCCAUGUAGCGAUCAAUGACAUAAGUGGUAAGGUCAAGCAAGCGCUGGGCUUAAAAGGUCUCUUUCUCAGAAAUCCAAAGCAGGCUUCUCUCGACAGUCAUGCUGCUGGCCAACUCAACCACAAACACUCCUUUAGCAGCCACCUCCUGCGGCGGACGGCCAGCGCGCCCACCAAGACCCAGAAGAAGAGCAAGAAGGGCUUUCCCGAGAUUGCCAUUGACACCAAAGACAACAGCUCCGAAGGGGCCGGCGAAGAUCCGGACCUCGAAGAGUCUUCCCUGCCCCGUUUUGACCAAGAGCCGGAAUGCGCACCUUCCCCGGCGCCUUCUCUUAGCGAUAGCUCUCAGGCGGAAGCCAAGGGGUUCAAAGGUAAGGCCCAGAGUUUCGGCAAAGGUAAAAGCGGCCAGGCCCACAGGGGCGCCACCUUCAGCGAGCCCCUCCGGAGGUCCGACCGGGUCCGCCUGCAGGAGCCCCCCGACGAGAAGCAGGGGGUCUUCGCCCGCUGUGCCAUCAAUGGAUCGGGUAGGAUUGGCAUGGCCACCAACUGCAUGAAGUGCAUGGUCGGCUCUAGCGGGAGCCCCGAUCUGGAGUGCAGGUGGGGCGACCAGGCCGGCGGGGGCCCUGCCUCUAGCGCUCCGCCACCCGGCGGCCGGUAUAGCAGCCUAGCGGGAGACGAGGAGAGGUUAGAGCUGGCCAGCCGGGGCGCCGUCCAAGAGCAGCAGCCCAGGCCGCAGCCCGACCUGCACCUCUGCAGCGGCUACGGGGUGGCGGGCCACCUGCCGAGGACCUGCCAGCCCUUGGCGGACUCGGGGAAGAAAAACGGUGACUCUAAAGGUCCCGGAGGGAGAGGUCCCUCUCGGCAGAGGUGGCCGGGCCCGCCCGGCGGCAAAUACGGAAGCACCGUCAACUUGGUGACCGCCAGCAAUGGCUCCAUCACCUCCGACUCCAGCAGCCUGGAGAGCCUCGGGAGCCCCGACUGCCCCAAGCGCUUCCCCGAGAGCUCCAGAAAACAAGCGGGCACCCUUCAGAGGGAAAUGAAUGCCUUGUUUGCUGAAAAGCUGGAGGAAAUUCGGAGUAAAUCCCCUAUAUUCUUUACUGAUGUCUGCCAAUUCUCAGUGCAGAGGUCCAUCUCUUCAUUAUGCAGCCUGGAGACCAUCAGCGAAGAGCCCUUUGUUGCCAAGGAGAGCCAGCCUUGCUUUCAUCUUUCCACCAGCCCUGCCACUGAUUCCAAAGAAGGACAUGUGCCUGAUCAUCCCUCUGACGCUGGUUCAGAAGAAGGCGACUGGUCAGAUCCUCUACUUGGGGAACCCCUUCUUCAGCAGCACGCAGAGGCUGAGGAGGAGGAGGAGACAUUCCUUGCUCCGAACCCAACCACCACAGCUAAACUGGAAUGGGAAGAUGGGAGGAAAAGCAAAGCAGGAGGAGGAGGAGGAGGUGGUGGUGGCCGGAAAGAGACAGGUGGCAGUGGAGACCAGUCUGGUUCACAAACUCAGGACUGCGUAGCAUUCGCCAGCCAUUGGCUUCAUUCUGCCAGCAAAUGCCAGAAGCAAAGAGAUGACAUGGCUGGAGAAGGGAUCAAAGUUGAGAGAACAGAGAAGGGCACUGCUGCUGUGGGGCAGUCACACCAAAGCAACAUGGUAAACAGCACCACACCAACGUCCUCUCAAGAAUCUCCCCAAGCAACUCAAGGUCCCACGGUGCCCACGUCUCACUUGGUAGUGAGGAGGUCAAAGAGUGAUGGGUACAAACUGUGCAACUUCCCGGUCCCCCCGAGGAAUCCCAGUGGCUUCUCCCCAGCAGCUGAAGUAUACUCAGAUGCCACCUUCAAUGACCACAUUUGGCGUAAACUAGAUCCCAGCAAACUUAGGGACAGUAUGUCUUCCUCUUCCAGCAUGUCCUCCAAUGACACCGUCAUAGACCUCUCUUUGCCCAGCCUGGCUCGGAAAAGCCUCCCGGACCUCGGUGUCCAGCCUGAGGAGUUUGAAGCCCUCCCUGAGAAAAGAGGCAUGCGUCCAUGGUCUGCUAACGCUGCAUCUCGGUGUCAUCCUCCCAAGGUGGCUAAGAGCAAAUCCAAUCCCAACUUGAGGGCAGAUCAAGCUACAGAGGAUGAGCUGUGUCCAAGACCGCUAGCCAAGGGUCUUGAGCCGGGAUUAUCAUCCACGCACAGGAGGCCUACCUGGAGCCAGUUGUACAUGGAUAGCCUCAAACAGUCCUGCCUGAAGCCCAAAAGCCAGGAGAAGGCUGAGAUGAACCAGGCCAAGUCCAAAAGCCUUGGCGACCUGACGUCAGAUGACAUCGCUUGCACGUUCGAGAGCAGGUACCGCAGGAUCAGCCGAAGCUUUGUCACCCGGUCGAUGAGAGAGCAGCGCUGUUGCGCUAUGGCCCGAACCUCAGCGAAGCCUCCAGAUGGGCUCACGGAGCGCCUCAGGAAGCUGACCGCCUUCCAGCAGGAGGGCGACAUCACUUCCCCAACCAGCCUUGAGCCAACCGAGUCUGAGGAGGAAGAGGAAGGGGUGGGUCUCCUCCGAAGGUACUCCUCUCGGAGCCAGAGCAGGGUGAAGUACAUUGCCAACCGAGCCAAGCAGGCACAAGAGAGGCAGAGGCUGAAAACCCUGGCCCUGAGCACAGGCAGCCCCAUUGAGGAGAGGGGUAACCCCGAGGGAGCCUGCUGCUUCGCUGGAGGGCCCUGUAUGGACACAGCAACCUCCAACCUGUUUACAUCCCAAUACAAGAACCAAACGGACUUGAACCCUGACACCGAAGUCGUCUUCAUGUUCAAACUCUAACACUAGGAAGGGCUGAAGAAGAUUGAUGUUUACAAUCCUUAUGGGAGCAAAACCUACAAAACCCAAAAUGAAACCUUCUUUUAAAAUAAUAAUAAUAAUAAAGAACGCACAUGGUGCAGAACCAUAAAGAAACCUUGUCCUCUUCCUCCUCCUCCCCCCCCCACAGUCUCCAAAAGACAAUUUAUAUGUAUGUGAAAUAAUAAUAAUAAUAAUGCAAUCUGUAGCAUGCAAUAUGGGGGAUGGGCAACCAGAAUUUCCCUGGGGGAGGGAACAGAUCCCAAGAAGAUCGUCUGCUUCCGUCUUCCCUAAAAAGCACGUUCUUCACAACCCUUCUACUGUCUUCUUGGAGGACUGCUUUUGUUUUUCCUGGUCAGGCGGGACCCCCGACCACAGCAUGAAAGAGCUGGAAGCUGCCGUCAGCUGCUGCCUGAACUUACGGACUGAAGUGGUCAGCAUCGCGCUUCUGUUCCGGAAGGCAGUAGGCCAGCAUUUUGGGGGGGGGGGGCGGUUGAAAAGAGUCAAGGGUUAUUUGAUGAGAGAAGACCUCUCUCUAGUUUUCAUGAUAAGGGCAAGUGGUUUAGUUGCCUAAGUCAGUGUCCUUCUGAUGCUCGUACAUCGGAUUCCUUCCAUCCUACAGCAGCCUCUACAAUUUCGUCCCAGUCUUGCCAAGUUUUGUAUGAUUCCGAACCACUGAUUUUUGUUUCUAAUGGUGAGGAACGUCUACUCUUGAUGGACAAUAAUUUCUCUGUCAUGGAGAGAAACGCUUUGCCGGUCUCCAGUUUUCCUCUUGAAGGCUUUCCCUCACUCAUCUCCUGGUUGGCAAGAAUAUUUUGUCUAGAUGAGGGAAAUGCCUCCCCCACUCCUGGUUUUUUACACCCUCUUUGGCUUGAUCUCCCCGCCCAGAAAACUGGCCUUCCCACAAAUUGAUCACGUUUAUGUUUAGCAAAAAUGGGAGGAAGGAUCGAAGAACCUUUUACAGAUUUAUUUCAAAAUGAGUUUUUGUGGGUUGCCAUCCUGUUACUGAAUAAGAGGCAGGCGAGUCCUUUGUUUAACCCCAUGUCUGUCCCUUUGCAUAGUCAGGAAGCCUCUGGUUCUAGAGCAGAAAGCAAAAGCAAAGUGUAUUGCUUAUCUACCACCCCAUAAUGCUUAAAGCACUCUCUAGGUAGUUUGCAAUUUAAUUAUGCAGGCUACCCAUUGCCCCUCCUCCCUCAGUGACAAGAUGGGUACUCAUAUUACUCACCUAAGAAGGAUGGAAGGCUGAUUCAACUUUGAACUGGCGACCUGAACCUGCUCUGGGAUCAAACUCAGGUUGUGAGCAGAGUCCUUACUGCAGUACUGCAGUUUAACCACCACACCAUGAGGCUCCGGAACAUGACGGAUGGAGAGGAGAUCAUUCCAAUAGCCAUCAUCUCAUAGCUUCAUCUCAUAGCCUUUUCCACUUCAUAACCAAAGUUGCACCAGAAACUUGAGAGGAAAAUCCCAGAAGGAAGGGAAGAUUUUGGUGUAGGUAUUGCUACCUUUUCUUCUAUAAUUCAGACCCAAGUUAACUUAAUUCAGAGGCCCAUUUUCCCAUUGUUCUAAUCCAUUUUGACCUCAGUUUUGCUCUGGCCAUUUCUUUUUUCUGUCCUGUAUUCCCAGUCUCUUCUCUCCCAGAAACACACAUCCACCUGUUUGUUUGCCAAGCAGUCUUGCUGGCAAAGUCAAGUGCAUUUACUGUGGGGCUGUGGAAACAAACCCCCAAUUCAGUCCAGAGGCCAACUUGGGCCAUUCUGAUGCAUCCCGAUUCAUUCUAGGAUGUGUCACCCGAUCCAGCAUUCACCCUGGAUUUGAAUCCUUUUGCAAAUUCGGAUCACCAGUCUAUCACCGUGCAUGUCAGGAAACUCCAGUGGCUACAACAUUUUGGUUUUGCAUCAAUGUGCAGUUUGUGACAUUUGAACACAAGGUAGGCACUGAAGAGAGGAAUAAAUUUCAGGGGAAAGAAAAUGGGGGGGGGAAGGUGAUUUUUGUUUCAUCUAAUUCAAUAAAUGCCAUGGAUCUCCAUGAUUCUAUACGUUCAUCUUGCUUCACCCUUAAAACCAAAUCAGCGCAUUCCUCUUCAAUUGAGCCUCAGACAGAUCAGUCCAAAUCAGACCCCGUUCCUUAAUAAUUCAGAUUUUGUCUGCAAUCAUUUCGCAAGUUCCUCCCUGCUGACCACCGGAGGAGAUAAGAAUGCUUUCUGCAAAGAAUAUCGAACCCAGCUGUCUGAUGGUCUUCUUCUCAGGAAAUCCUAGGAGGUGGUUCCCAUGAAGGCACAAAAAAAAGUUAUACCCAUUUCUAGCAAGGAACUUUCACUUAUAACAAAUGUAGUUCUCAUAGAACUGAAAUUUAAUUGAUAGCCCCCCCCCCGCGGUAGAUUGAAUAUUCAUUCAUUUGUCAUUCGUUUUUAUUAUUUGUACUCCGCCGUUCUUCCUAAGAGGAUCCGAGGUCACUUCACGCUAUUAAAACAGAAAAUAUUGAAAGAAUGCAAAUUAAAAAGCAAUCAAGACCAGUGCGCUAAGUAAACUAGUGCAUAAAAAUGCUUUAAAAAUACAUUUUUAAAAAAUAGAAAGACAUGACAGCCCCAUUUUUAAAGCUCCCCCAACCAGUCCCGGGGGGGGAAUGUCCGAGUGAAGAGAAACAGCCAAGAAAGGACUGUAUUGGCCUCUUGUGGGAGGGAGUUCCACAGUGUAGGAACAGCAACAGAAAAGGACCCAAAAAGACAGAGGAAUAUGCAGUGAUGUACCAAGAAGGCCAUUGCUUCUGGUGCCAGCUGUUAUCCUUCUCCAUGAGAUCUCUUCCCUGCCUGCUAUAGCCUUCAGGUUUCCAAUAUUUGAGAUUAGCAGGGACACGGAAGUACAGAGCAGCCUUCCUUUCUUAGUGCUCUAGGCCAGCACUAGCCGGAUUGUCUUUACUUCCUCUGUGUCCAUUUCGCCUGCCUUCCCCCCCCCCUCCAAAUUCCAAACCCGGCAGUAAAAUUGUCAUUGUAAACCAUAUUUUUUUUUCUUGAACAUGGCUUCACACGCCCUUCAAUGCAAGACUGUAAAAGCCUGGUGGAAAGCUGGAUUCAGACCCAAACUCUGGGUCACGUCAGUUUGUAUGGGAAUUUGCAAAUAGG